UGGGAAGACUCUUCCUUCCUUCUGCGUUUCAUUCUUAAUUUUCUGUCUGUUUUUGAGAGGUUAACAUGACUCAGACGGAGCUUACUCUGUGUUUAAACCUGCUCUUGUUUCUCCAUGUUGUCGCUCAGUUCAGGAAUAAUGUUCAGCGGCAGCAGUGGCCCGUUCCUUACAGACGGUUUGAUCAUCGCCCUGCUACAGACUCUUACUGUGACGCUCUCUACCCGUUCUGCCCCACCGGAGACCGCGAUGGACGAAUUCCCUACAUGAGAGACACUGAUGUAAUCUCAAUUUAUCGACUGCAAACACCUGUGUGGGAAUUCAAGUACGGAGAUUUGCUUGGGAAGUUUCGUAUCAUGCAUGACGCUAUUGGAUUCAGCAGUUCAGAGACGGGAGCCAACUACACCGUGGAGUGGUAUGAGCUGUUUCAGCUUGGUAACUGCACCUUUCCUCACCUCAGACCAGAGGAGUACGCACCUUUCUGGUGCAACCAGGGAGCUGCCUGCUUCUUUGAGGGCAUCGAUGACUUUCACUGGUCACAAAAUGGCACCUUGGAGAAAAUAGGAGAAAUAACUGGGAGCCAGUUCAAUGACAUGGCCCAGUGGGUCCAAGACGACAAUGAGACUGGGAUCUAUUACGAGACAUGGACAGUUCGCUCUGACCCCAGCCCUAACUCCACAGUGUGGUUCGAGUCUUACGACUGCUCCCAGUUUGUCCACCGCACAUACAGGAAAUUAACUGAGCUUGGAGCCAAACUGUCCAGUCGCUCACAAACCAACUACACCAAGAUAUACCUUUACAGCGGGGAGCCCACAUACCUCGGCAAUGAGAGCGCCAUAUUCGGACAGCCUGCUCUGAAGAAUCUGGCAUUGGACAUCCGUGAAUUUUACCACACAUUCAGGCCACACCAGUCAUUCAUAGACUUUGCCCUCAGUAUGUUGGAGGCUUAUAAAAAGGUUGUGUUGGACAAGAGCUUCUACCUCUACUACAACUUCGAGUACUGGCAUCUGCCCAUGAAACCUCCCUAUGUGCAGAUUACAUAUGAAGAGGUGCCUUUGCCUUAACAUAACACCUGCACCACAGUUACUCACAUUAAUGAUUAAUCUGUUGAUUAAUUGAUUAUCCAAAAGCCAAAUGUAUUAGUAAUAAAUAAGAAGUAGCAAAUCUUCACAUUUGAGAAGCUGAAACCAGUGAAUGUUUGUGGAUUUUGUUUUAGAAACGACUUAAAUGACGAAUCGAUUAUCAAAAUAGCUGUCGAUGUUCAAAGUUUUUUUGCCCAGAAACAGCUGUUGAGAAAACAAUCUCACCACAAACGUCACAUGAUGUUCAUCAGCAGGUUUUGCUCAGUUGAAAAAAUGCCCUCUGCAGUUUUCUUGUAAACAAACAAAAGUUGUCAUUCAGUGUCAUUCAGUGUUUCUCAACAGAAUGCAUUGUUUGUAACCCUGAGGCCUAACAAACAUGUUUGCUGCAUUUUCUUUCUGUUAAAUAAUUUGCAACGUUCAUGUUUUGAGUAAUUUGAAGUGUGCAUUGUUUACAUCUGUGUUUGUUAGCUUGCAGAGCUAACGGUCUUCUCUGACUCUGUUGCUGGCAUUGCUGCAUUUGAAGCU